CGCCGCCGAACUUCCUUAAGAGCUAAUCCAUCUUCCAAACAUGAGCUAUAUAUAUAACACGAUCAAGAUCAACAUGUUACUUCAAGCCCAUCUCAAAAAACAAAACAAAAAUGGUAGAGACAAACCAUCAAACAUUCGGAGCCUUUUUCGAGCAGUGGAUUAUCCGUCAGGAGCACUAUCUCCGGCUGCUCCUCCGCGAAAUGGACAGCGGCGGCGGACACUGCAGCGACCUCAUCAAUCAAGUCACGCGUCACUACGCCCAGUACUUCGAGGCCAAGGCAAGAGCUGUGGAAGAAGAUGUGUUUCUAGUGCUUGCGCCAACGUGGCUUAGCUUGUUCGAGAGAUCGUAUCUGUGGGUGGGCGGAUUCAGGCCUGGAAUGGUGCUUUGCCUGGUGGGAAGCAACGUGUCCGACUUGGGAGACGACCAGUCUCAGAGGAUAAGAAGACUGAUGAGCGAGACCCAAGAGGAGGAACGUGAAAUCAUGGAUGAACUCAACAGAGUUCAAGAGGAGAUGGUGUCUUCAACAAUGAUGCAAGUUACGAGGCACAUGCAAAAUGGGGAGAAGGAUGAAUUGGAGUCUGCGAUUGAUAGGCUCAAAGUGUCGAUGCAGAGAGUGGUGGAGUGUGCGGAUUUACUGAGAAGGAAAACUGCAGUGAUUAUGCUGGAGAUACUUAACCCAACUCAAGCUGUCAAGUUCCUCGCCGCGGUGGCCACACUGCAGCUCAGCCUCCGCAAGUGGGGGAUGCGUAGUGAUGUGCACAAGGCGUAGCACCACCAUUUUCUCUCAGAUUAAUCACUCACUACAAAAAUAAUAAUAAAUAUAAAGUAUUCGUAGAUUGAUUACGUCUGUUGUUGUACCGAAGUUUUAGCGGUGCUCAGUCCUAGCAGGCUUGUUGUUGUAGUGAAUUUCAGGCCUUCCAUCGUGAAGAUUUAAAAUAGAUGCAUCAUCUUAAUUGAUGAACACAACACUUAGGCUCGAAUUUUAAAGGAGGCAAAAUUUUCAUCUUUUCGAGUUUAAUAAAUUGUAUCUAAAUGCAAUAACUUAUCAAAGCACUCUAUCUAUCAUGUUUUCACAGAAGUGUUGUGUUGUGUGUCCUCCGUCUAUUAUCCGUUGCUCUGCUCGACAAUAUUGUGAAGAAGCUAAAGAAUCCAAAUACGCGUGUCACUCGAGAUUAAUAUGGCUGGCCGAAGAGGAGGACUUCGUGCAACUAGAAGACAUGGCAAUGAUCCCAAUUCUACGUCCUCUGCUUUACGUUCUGGUUAGACCUAAAUAAAUGUGUAAUAUGACAAGAUUGCUAUUCUUUUAGUGUUUACAAAAUUUGCUGACUGAUACAUUCUUAUUUCAUUUUAUUUAAAGACUCUUCUGCGUCGAUUGUACCGCACGCUGGUAAGUAAACUUAUAUAAGUUUAAUAAUUUUUAUCUUAGUCUAACUUGUUUCUAUUUCUUAUAUAGCUCAAAGUCAAGAUAGAAUGGAGAACAAUAUUGGUACUAAAACCCAAGUUCACGGCUCAACAUCGAACACGAGAACUAGGAGUUCUCAUGUUCGUGGACAGACCUCUGGUCUAGGAGCUCGACAGUCAUUGAAACAUGCCAAAAACAGGUUUACCGUCCAGUUUAAAUUUGGUUCGAGAGUAGCUGUAUGUGCCAACACCUCAAAGUUCAACAAUGAAAUUGGAACCAUUUUGCGUACGGAUUGUAGUCUCCGUUACGAUGAGUGGAGGGAUGUACCAGAGUCUGUUAGGGCACCUCUGAGGGAGAAA